AUGACUGUGCUCCGCGUGCUGCUCCGCCAGGCAGACAGGCAGAAGGUGGCCCCCACUGCCCUGCGGCUGCCUGAGCUACUGCUGCCCUUCUUCCACGAGUCCGGCUGCACGAGGGAGCUGUCCAUCCUUCUCUGUAAGGAUGCCAUGGAGGUUGCAGGGGACACCCAGAGAGGGAAGAUGAAGAAGGAAGCACGGAACAUCGUCCUCCCUCUCUUCAUCCACCUGCAUGACCAGGACCAGAGCGUGGCUCAGGCCUCCUGGGAAGCCCUUCUUUGCGCAGCCAAGCUGCUGAAGCGCAAGCGCCUCAGGUACUUGCUGAAGACAGCGCAGACACAGAGGAUCGGCGAGUGCCUGCUGGUGGGCCACGGCGGCAGAGUGGAGCAGUUCCUGGAGCAGAGCCUGUCCUACCUGUGGAGCCCCCAGGAGCCCCUGCAAGAGGCGGCCAUCAGGUUCAUUGGGCUUGCCGGGCAGCACUUGAGAGAUGGGCGUGAGGAGAAGCUGGACAACAUCAUCGAGGCCCUGAGGAGUUUGGAGGACACCGGCAGCCCUUCUGUUUCCACGCUGGUGGCUGAAACGGUCCGGAUCCUGAGGACUGCCCCUGGAUUCAGCCUGCAGGCUGUGCGCUCUCGGCUCUUCAGCAUGUGAGAGAGGAGGCUGCACGCCCCAAGAGCUGGCUGGCUGCGCUGCUGCAGCUGUGCUCAGGGCUGACCCCAGCUCCGGCCCUCGGGGUCAGCCCUCCACCCCGCACGUGCUCCUGGUCAGCCCCUCCGCUGGGCUUCCCCAAGAGACACAGCCCUCUUGCUUCACUGUGGAGGUGCUGAAGGAAGCCAGUGCUCCAUGAGCUUCACUCGCAAUAGAGAAGCCUGUGUAAUUUACUGUAUU